GGUACCUUGCUGUGUGUGGUACAGAGAGGAAGCCAUAGCUCGACCCUGCAGCUGCCACAGUCCGUCCCCUCGCUCCCUGCGUGUUUCACGGGCUCUACAGCAUGGACACAAGCGGCUUCGCGGAGGGCCGCGACAGGAAACCCGCGGGGCCCGAUAAAGUCGACAUGUCGCUGGAUGACAUCAUUCGCCUGAACAAGAAGGAGCAGCAGCAGCUGAGGAGGAGACAGGCCCCAGGGAGCCGGAGACCGGUGAAGAAGAAAGGCCGCUUACCACAGGUGUCACCGCGGGCUGCUGCAGCUGUGGGACCCGCUCAGAGAGGAGGUGGCGCACUCCGAGGAGGAGCGCCUAAAUUAAGAAACCGGAGGGUCCCUCCCCUGCAGGGGCUACGGCGGGGUCCGGGGGUCAUCACAGGCCUGGCCGCCAGGAGGCCCACCGCCCUGCUCAAACGAGUGGGUAUCCUGAACAGAGCAGCGAUCAACCAGAAAACAAGACAGAAAACAAGGCCCUUCAUUCAACACACUGAAACUCCGUACAGGAAGCCGGAGGUUCAGAGGCGACUGUACAGGCAGCCGGAUCCACAGAGAGGCCCGAGCACAUCAGUCAGGAGACCAUUUCAGCUGCGACGACGACCACUGCCCCCUGUCCAGCAGACUCGGAGGGAAGCACGCCAGGCCACAUUUCUUCUUCGCAGGGGACUCAAGGUACAAGCUCAGGUGCAGAAGCCAAGUCCUCGCUCUCCAGUCAGAACUCGCCAGUGGCGCACAUCGACAGCCAACAACGGGAUCUUGACUGUUUCAAUUGACAACCCCACAGCCAGGACGCAGCCUGAGCCUCCCACUGCUUGGACCCUGCACCCCCCGAAUGUCACUCCUGUUCCAGUCAAGAUAGAACCAGUAGAGAAGAAAAUACCAAAAGGUGUUCCUCUACAGUUUGACAUCAACAGUGUAGGCAAACCGCAAACGUCGAUGACUUUGAACGAGCGAUUCCGCAUCAUGAAAGAUCAGCGUGCCACGAUGGCACAGAGCGGUAAAGGCAGCCGAUUUGUCACAGUGGGUUAGCCGGCAAAAACACAGAAGCUCCUUUGUCCAGGUCAGACCCACACAAUGAACCCCACCUUUUCUGAUGGAGGGUGGCACGGCCGACCUGCUUCUUGACUUUGCAAGUGGUGAGUGGGCAACCGAUCCUGGGACAAAUGAGCACAGCGUGCACAACUGCUCAAAGGUCAAUGGAAGGUUUCCCGUUCAUAAUUCAUAUUGUUGUAUAGAGCCGUUUGUACAGUGGACGUCCUACACUCGGAAGGAGAGAUAUUUUCCCCCCCGUUGGACUCUGGACUGUCACGAUUGUGAAGAGUAUUUUUUUCAGAGGACCGUUAUGUAUUUGCGUGGGUGGCACAUAUGUUCCCAGAUUCCUUCCAAUUUUGUUUUUUGAGAAUAGUUUUGUAAUGUUUGUUCAAAUAAACGAGUUUCUUUAAAAGUGUGAUAUUUGUAUUAGCUUCAGUCUUCAGCAUCCUGAUGACGAACAUGUUUCAGGUCUCCAUCUUCUCUUGUCAUCAAACAGUGGCAGCUGCCUGUGAAGUGUUAACUCACCACCGACAUGUUGAUUUACAGACAUCUGGUGUUUGCACGUUCCUAUGAAGUAUUUCACCUAUACACAAAACUCUCUGCAUUUGGCACCGUCUUCUCGUAUGAGUUUUGUUAUUAAGUAGAAAGAGGAUGCAUUUAAUACAAUACGUCAUCAGAGGAAGUUGUGCUUCAAUAAGUUGGUGUAUAUUCAACAGAACAUUGUUUUAAAUGUCCUAAGAAUGAACUGUUUUUUACAUCCACAGGCAUUAUUAUGGAAUCUGAAUAUUGCUUUUAUUUAAAUACAUUAAAAUUUGCAAUGUAACAAAACUAUUGGCAUAUGAAAUUCAAACACCAUUUAAAUGAACAAAACAUGGCUCACUUCAUUUUUCUGUGACUAGUGUCAAUAACACUAGUUUUUUUUUUUUCUUUCUGU